UGAUGCAUUCGCCUAGCUUUUCGCUUCUUCCUCCAAGGGCGCGCGGCGUCUUGAGUGGGACGAAUUGAGCGACACCGAUCGUAGCAGUCAAGACGGAUGUCAUGAGAAUGAAUGGAGCGACACUUCCCAUCGUAGUAGUCAGGACGCAUGCAAUGAGCGAAUGGAAGCCUGAAUGGCACGAAGACGCAUGGGAUGACGACGCUCCCUUUCUCAAUAGCUUGCCACGAGCCCUCCGACGCUGCCCACUGGAGAUUCUCGAAACAAUCAUCGAUGCGAUGGAUCACCCCACGCUAGAUGUCGCGGCGCUGGUCUGGGCAGCGUGGUACCCCCGAGCCGUGCACAACCCGUACCCCGCCGUCGAGAUCAGCAGCCGCGCGAGCUUCAACAUGCCAUUCAAGCAGUCCCGCACGUCUCCACGGGUCGUGCGCGUACAUCCACCCGUACGAUCGUAUCGUCCGAAUCGGAUCCGAAGCCCGCGCGUACCAAGGAUCCGUCCAUACAAGACAGGGGAAAAUCGGGGCUUCCUUCACGCGCUGCUGCUUGCGUUCGGCCAUACGGUGCCCUGUUUGCAGAUCCUGCGGCUUGAAGAGCCGCUGCGGUCCAUGAAGGUGAGCUGUCGUGUUCACUACUACUCGAGGUAGAGUUGGGUAUAGCUCUUGUGUGUGUGCAGGGGUACUUCGACGUCGCCUUCUAAGCCAAGAGACGACUCAAGCUCAAGCCGGGCUGGUCUGCAGCAAGGCUGCGAGGAUGGGGCGACGUCAGUAACUUCGUGGGCUGUCUCUUGCGACACCCGCCACGGUGCGGGUAUACCGUCCCAGCUCCUGUCGCGGUAACGCAUACAACCGAGGGAGAUCAGACAUUACCUCGA